AUGGCCGAGGAGAAAGAGGCCCGGAAACACCGUCUCCCGCUCGGAACCCACCUGCCCGCAGUUCCUUGGGCUGCGCAGCCGGGGGAGGGCGGUCGCCCGCCUCCUUCCCCAUCCGGGGCGCCGGGGUCGCGGCGGCGGCCGAGCACUUCCGGGUCCGCCCCCUCCUCCGCGGCAGGAGCGCCCUUCCCCCGCCGGCGGGACUGCGAGGUCGCUGCUGCCCCCUCCCGGCGGCUCGGAGGCCCUCGCGGCUCCUCUAGGGAGGGCGCAGGCUCAGAGCCUAGGAAAAAGCAAAUGCCCCACAGAAAGACGGGAUUUGGCAUCCGAACGCCAGGGAUAGAGGCUGGGCUGUUAAAGAGAGAUUAUAAAGCCUACUUUAUUGAGCUUCUGUUAUUAAGCCGGGCGCUCAACUGGGGACUUCCCCUGCAUCCCCACCAGCUGGAAAGUGGAUCAACGGAGAUAAACAUCCAGUUGUCUGUUUCUGUUCCAACAUUUGGCAAGAUUCCUUGGCUUAGUGAGGCCAGCCUCAUAAACAAGCCAUUAGUGCUCAGCAUCCCCAAAAGAUAUCCUCAUGCCUCUGCCACUUUUCUGAUUUCAUCCAAGAAGGAUAGGAAUUUGCCUAUUUUGUUUCAAGUUCCAGAUGUCUUAUCUAAGGCCAGGAGGAUCCAGAGUAACCCCAUGCUGAUCAGAAACAAGCAGCUGUGCUCCACAUGUCAAGAAAUAAAAAUGGUACAACCAAGAACUAUGAUAAUCCCUCAUAAUCUGAAACUAUCCUUUGAGAAUUUUAUGAAUCAUAGAACGAUGAGUCUUCCUCCACCAAAAGCCCAGACUGUAUCCAAAUGUUCCCAUAAUGACAUCUCAACAGAGAGUAUUCACUACAGACUGCCCAUUCUGGGCCCCAGGACAGCUGUCUUCCACGGACUGUUGGCAGAUACCUACGCAACUCUGCAGGACACACAACUCUCUUCCUUGCCCAGAAAGGAGCCAAAGGGCAAGACAAUGAGGCAGUGAGUGGUCAGAGCUCACUGUGGAGCUUCACCUUCCAGACUCACAGAGAGAAAACAAGUUAACCAAGCCAGUUUCAGGCAUAUUAGCCUAAUUCCCUCCUGUCACCAAAAAGGUGACUCACUUUUGCCUUCUUGUAAAUUGCUCGAAUUCUAGCUCUUGCCAUUGUCUUCUCACUCAUUUUCCUAAAGACAAGUGGUUUAAUUUCCAUGAUUAUAAAGAUUUACUGAUUAAAAUGGAACAUUUUGGGUGUCAUUAAUUUUAUUAUUUUCUUAAGAUUUUUAACUGUGUUAUAGUAGACAACAUCCUUCUGUUUCAAAGACUUGAAUUAUUUUCAGCUCUUCUUCAGUGCAGGGGGCUAGAGAUGGCUCCUGGAGGUCUCUCAUGAAUUCAACCUAUUAUGAAUAGAGGAGAGAAAUGGAGGUCACCCUCCUGUCCUUAUCUCUGUCAGUUUAACUGGUAGAUGACAGGAUACUGUGAUACAAUGGGAAAAUGGCAAGUGCUUAGUGAUUGCAACUCUCGAGGACAGGAAACAUGCCUUGUCUUGUCCCCCUUGUUUAGUGUCCUGCGUAUUAUCAGAUAUUCAUCUGAUCUUUGCUCAUUCAUAUCUAAAUCACAUGCUUGUAUUUUGUUCUUUGGUUACUUUGGUUUGAGAAUGUCUACCUCCAACUCUGUCUUGGUCCAUGUGUCAGCAAUGUGAAGGAGACAGAGGAAAACUCUAGGCUUGCAAAUAUUAUAUUUAUAGGCACAAAUGCUCCAUACUCAGCUUCAGGAGGGCUCCUAUAAAAGAAGGUUCCUUCCAUUCUUUAGGAUGCAAUGGCCUUGCGGAAUCCCAGGAUCCUGGCUAAAUGGACACUGGACCCACAUGUGAGAACCAAUCUCUGUGCUGACUGUAUUUGAAGAAUGGGCUUCAGGAAUCUUUAACAAAUGGCCUGGUACCUAAAUUGACCUCAUUUCUUAUACACACACACACAUUUAAAAACAACCCCCCCAAAACUAGGAAAACUCACUCGAUUGCCCUAUAUUUAUGGUAGGUUAUGAUUCUUGGUUUCAGUUCAGUUAGAGUUCAAUAACUCCAAAAAUAGUAUGUACUUCCUCUCAGGGCACGCAUGUAUUAUGAUCCCACUUCAGAUCAUUGCUGAAGGACAGACAAAUCAUAAAUAAAAAUGUUUCUUUCUUCUUUUUUGUUUUGCAAAUUAAUGUAUCCAGUAAAAGGAUUUGGGGUAUCUAUA